AUGGCUCAAGUUCGAUUCUUAUACAAAGAACUCAUACGAACAGCACGUCUCCUCCCUGAAGCGAAGCGCAUCCCGGCUCUGCAGGAGAUACGAACCAAAUUUCGUGAGCAUGCUGGAGAGACAGAUGCUGCGAAAAUUGAGGAGAUGAAACACGACGCGGAGUCGCGGUUAAAGUUCUUAAAAAUGGUCACGCCGCGUCGUCCAUCCAAGGAAGCUGAAAACAAAGUCUAUCGUGUGGACGAAAAGGGAGAGAUUGUAGAAGGCCAUGGUGUGUGUGCGAACGAUGCGAGACUGUCUCAUUUUGGAAUGGUCACCGACGAGAUGCGGUUUAUCAACGAGCAGCAAAUGAGAAGGAUGCACUAUCUGCCCUACAAGAAGCGAAUUUAGUGGUUUAGUUUGGUUU